AUGCUUCUUUUAAGGAAGUUACUUUUUAUUUUAUUUUUGGCAUUUUUAUUUUUUAAUAAAACAAGAUCUUAUUAUUUUAAAAUUAUAAAUGAGAAUAUAUUUAAAAGAGUUGAAGAUGUAAAAUGUUUUAGACAGCAUUAUGUAAAUUUUAAAGAUGAAUUAAUACUAGUUUGCUUGUAUUUUGAAUCUUCAAUAAAAUCAGAAUAUAAAUAUAAUAUUCACAUAUACAAAAUAAAAGAAGGAAACACAUGGGAAAAAAAAUAUCAAUUAUUAAAAGAAGAUACAAAUAAAAUUAUUAGAUAUUUUUACAGUUUUUCAACAGAAGAUAAAAUUGUAGUUGUUUUUUGCUAUAAUAAGCUACAUUAUAGAGUUCCUUGUGAAUGUUAUUAUUCAACUAGUUAUGAUGGUGAUACAUUUGAAUCAAAAAGAACAUCAAUAAAUUAUGAAAUAUUUGAUAUUUUAUCUUUAACUGAUUAUUAUUUAAAACCUUUCGAAUUUUUUGGAAAUAAAUUUUUACUUAUAUGUGGUAUAAAUUACAAGAGAAUUAUACAUGACGAUUCUAAACUUUUUAUUAUAUGUCACGGUAGUGAUACUGAUGGAAAGUCUUGGAAUUACAAAUUUAACUUUUAUUACCCAAAAACUUAUAUGUAUUCUUCUUAUUAUUUGGUUGUACCUAAAAUAAGUGGUAAUGAAAUAGGUUUUAGAUUUUUUAUUUCUUCACAUAUUAUAACGGCUAGUUAUGUUAAGUGUAUAUACAGAAGUAUGUACGAUUUUGACUGCUCUGAUGUUGAAUUUAAAAUCGAAGGUAAAAUAUUGCGAGAUGUAGUAAAAGUUGGAGGUUAUUAUUUAACUAAUCAUUCAGAUGAUAAACUUUCUCCUUGCCAGUUAUAUUAUAGGUACAAAAGUGUUAUUUUAGCUCCAACGGAAGCAGCUAAAAGUGAAGGAAAGGAAUGCUUUAGAGAUCAUUUUUUUCCUUUAGACAAUUCACGACUAAUAUAUAAUUAUAAAAAUGAAAAUUUUUCAUAUUCUUAUGUAUUUCGUUAUAUUGGCUCUGUAAAGCAUUGUACCUUAUUAUACAUAAAAAAAGAUAACUUAAAUCCUGGUUUUACAAGAGGAAGUGAUAGUGUUUACACAUGUUCUAUUAAUUAUGAUGAAAUUAUUGUUGAUCAAGAUGAUAGAUAUUUUGUUUUGAGUGUAUUAAAUGAAGUAAAAACAGAUUUAAAAAAAUGCUUCCAUCUUUCCUAUGAUAAUUUAUUAUAUCCUGUUAACAUAAUUCAUAAAAUUGACAUCAUAAAAGAAUAUAAUAAAUAUAAGUUAUACAUUUUUCAUAUCAAAAAAGAUAUGGAAAAUUACUUUUUUAAAGAUACCAUAUUAUACUGUGAUUUAGGUGAUAAUUUUUUUAUAAAAUUACAUUUAAAUUAUAAGAACAAUUUUAUUUUAGAUAAUACUGCUAAUUUACCUGAACCAUUAACAUUACAUAAUAAUAAUAUUAUUUAUUAUAAAUUACCUAAUUUAAAAUCAAAAAAUUUAUUUUUAUCAAAUGUUUCAUUCCCACCAAACACAAAAUAUAUUAAGGAAGGCGAUUCUAAGUACAUUUUUAAAUUACCUCCUUAUAUUAAGGAUACAGUUGAAAACAAUUUAUAUUUUAUAAAUGAAUCUAUGAAAACAGAAAAAAAAUCAGUUAUAAUUCAUGCAGGAGGUAAAAUUCCAGAAUUAGUAGGUGUUGAUUUUUCAAAAAUGAAUGAUAAUUGUUCAUAUGGAUAUACUUCAAAUAAAUGUGAUAAUAUUAAAAUUGAAGGAAACAAAAUUAGUGUUGAUAUAACUGUUCAUGCAGAUUCCCAAGUCAUACUAGGUAUGAUAUGCCCUGUUGAUUCAAUAAAUCAAAAUAUAUGUUUUAAUGAUGUUUAUGAUAAUGACAAAAAGGUUUUUAUAAGAGAUUUUUUUGAAGAUGAUGAAGGAUUGUUAACUAUAUUACCAAAAACAUAUGUUUACAUACCUGAUAGUUCAGAAACGUAUGAAGAAUCAAACUUAAUUAUGGAGAAAAGAUUUAUAGAAAAAAUUUACAAAAAUAAAAGUCAUUAUAAAAGUAGUUUUGUGUGCAAAUGUUAUGCUCAUAAAAAACAUUAUGAAGUAACUUUUAAACUAACAUAA